AGCGAGGAAAAACAUCAUGGCGGACUAUUUAGGGGAAGAGUCAGCGAGGAAAGUACAAUAUUUUCCCGAAGGAAGUCUUUUAAAUACAAUGACCAUAUCGAUAAUUGACUCUGAGAAGAGGUACACUGAUAUCCUCAAGGAACCUUACACCGUUUAUCUCAUCGAAACCAAGUGAGUUAGAGUAACAAGUAAUUUUGUUAUCGUACCCAUUUAUUUACAAGACUUAUCACUCGAUGAAAAUUUAGGUUAAGCCAUGGUUGUUAAAAAGGUUUACGGAUUGCUCAAACGCUGCGUAGGUCUUGUUAAACUGAUCCUAGUUCUCGUUUGAUCAGUCAACGUCAAUAAACGGAUCCAUCGGGGUUUUUCCAAGGGGUCUUUAUUUGGGUGGGGUGACUGGUCAGGGUAAUUUUCACCCCUGCCGGCACUAUUAUUUAAAUUCUCGGUGAUUUCAAUGUUUUAAUUAAGCGUGAGAGCCCAUGAAGGCUUUAAUAUUCACAAAGGGGAUUUGCUUCAAGGAAAUCACCAAGUAGAUUUUCUCGGUAAGGUUCAAACACAGUUAGCUCUCAGCAUGCAGAUGAUUUUUUCACCCAUCUCAUCAUUGUAAAUUUAAUAUUGUACAUUUGGUGUUUGAUGAAGUAGAUCUCAGCAAGCUCUGAUGAGCUUUUCCAAAGGAGAUCCCAAAAGAUCCAGAUUCCCUCAUGGCUAGCUCUUGCUGUCUACCAUGAAAAAAUUAAUGACGUGUGUGCAAAGAACUAGAUGUGAAGCUUGGUCAGGACCUUACAAAUUAAUGCAUUUGAUCUCUAGGGAUCAAACUUUCUCUUUGAAUAGUAAUCAUUAAAAUGUAAAGCAUUGCGAAGGCCCAAGUCUGCAAAACAGCCAUCUUUCAGGAGGGACAUCCGCCCCUGAGUAAAACAUCCCCUGUGGCCAAGAGAGAUGGCUGUUUUCGCAGGCUACUAAGGCCAUUCCAUAGUUGCCCCGAAACUUUUUAAAUAAUUUUAAAAAAUAGUUUACAGUAAGGUUAAUUUUGACAGUUGACAGUAAGGUUAAUUUGUAAUCAUAUCGUAAAGUUAGACAUUUGUCUUGAGUAUAGGAAUAACAAAAAUGUGUUGUCAAUAAAAGUAUAAAACUAUUCUGAUGACUGUUUUCAGGUAUAUUGAUGGAGGUCCUCCAGCCGGGGAACCUGACAUGUCAUCAUCAAUAUGGAGACGAUAUAGUGAAUUUGAACUGUUAAGAAAUUAUUUUGUUGCAAACUUUCCAGCGGUAAGCAAAUGGAUGGAAAAUGUGUAUAAUAUUACAGUCUACAUGUACCUUUCUUAUAGGUGUGAGCGUAGCUUUAAGUGGAAGUCCCUCAUCAAGAGGUGUCCAGUAAAAAUAAAUUGUCAGUCUAGUUUGUUGUUGUCUUUAUUAGUUGUAAAGGAGUGUGUACCCUAUUCGGGGCAAAUGUUAUAGAGGGGACUUAAGAGGGGUUGGUGGUGGGUGAGCUCCUUAUCCAUUACCAUAGUUUGCUUAUGAACAAUGUUAGCUGUGAGGGGCUCCCUACACAUACUUACCCCCAGGUUGAGCUGCACCAGACGUAAAAGGUGUUCCUGCCUUUUGAUCUAAUCUAGUUGUUGUUUAUCAAUCCAGAGUAACCCUCUCAGCUUCUUCACCUUGUACACUUAUUUUUCCUGACUUCAUAAGAUAAUUCUUAGCUGUGAAUUUUGUUGAAAGUUACAUAUGUCGUUAAGCACUUUUAAUUAUUAUUAUUAUUAUUAUUAUUAUUAUUAUUAAAGACAAAAGCUACAUGUAUGACAUGUAUGUCCUUAAUAAUAAUAAUAAUAAUAAUAAUCCUAUUUACAAUUAAUUCCCCUGAAAAAAAGAAAAACCUAUUCAUUCAAAACACUAUUUACAAUUCCUGCCGAUUUAAAAAGCACUUAAUUUAGCUUAGAAAGAGUUAAUUUAACUAAGAAAAAUUUAUUCGAAUUAAAAAGAUUUCAUUUCAAUAAUAAUAGUAAUAAUAAUAAUAAUAAUGAAGCUAUUUAGCUUGAUCUCUCAUUGUUAAAAGCAUGGAUAGCUUAAAUUAUAAUAUGAUUUUGUAAGUUUUAAAAUUCAUUUGAACACAUUUCUUUCAGUUGGUCGUCCCCCCUCUGCCAGAAAAAAGGGUAAGGACUAUAAUAAAUUAUUAUUUUUCAGUAGUCACAGGGUUGUCACUAAGAUUUCAAGUUGCCGGGUAAACACAACAAGUAGGCGGGGAAUCAAACGGCUAGAGAUUUCUUUUGGUUCUAUUUUUCUUCUAUUUUCCAAUAAAAGUAGCGGGGGGCCACUCUCUUAGUAGCCGGGGAAAAUCUCCGGCCCCCGGCUCUUAAUGACAACCCUGAGUCAUAUAACUAUGACAAAACUGUCAUAAUCAGGGAUCAUAAUCAUAAUCAGUGAUCUAGAAAUAGAGAAGGGUCAAGCAGGACUUCCUUAGACUCAACAGGUAUAGGUACUUUAUUAUUGGGAUGUACAUAGAAAUUUUUCAUUUCUCAGUUUAUAGACAGUUGUUUAGUAUUGCUCUGUUGAAAACCACCAGACCACCAAGAAGUCUUUUUUUAACUAUAGUUAUACUAAAUUUGUAUUUAAUUUUCAUUUUGAGAAGAGUUAAAUAAAGUAUGUUUUUUGGAAAAAUGACAAAACUGUCUAUUCUGUUUGGCUAUCGGCAGCCCUGAUUAUUAAAUUAGAUUAUUAAAUUUUGAAAAAUGAAGCCGUUAGUGGUUCCCCUAACUGGUGUCAAAUUCAAAGCGGCAUUUCUGCAUGCGUAAUGAGCAGUGAAUAUUGUACGAGCACUUCUCUGUAUUUGGUCAGAUUGAAAAUCUUUGAAUGGAUUAAGUUUCUUAGAAGACAGUUACAUCAAAUUCAGGAAAACUGAGCUGGUAGAAAUUUCAUAACUGCCUCGCGUGUGAAUUCAGGGCUCAUUACGCGUGCAAGAAUGCAGAGAUCAAUCUGAAAUCUACAACUAGCAACAGAUUCCACCUUCGAAUAAUAAAUUCAUUAAUGGAUUCUUGGGGGGUAUGCUUGAUCUGGUUUGACUGUAAUAAGACAGUAUAAUAGGACGGUACAUAUCAUGUCUGAGUAUUAUAAUAUUAUUGUACAGUAAAGGCCAUCACUUGCAAUAAAUGUAGGAUGAAAUAAGUGAGUUUUUUUUUUUCAUGUCUAGUAAAAACUCUUGGGGUGUUCAUGUACAAAUUGUUACCUCAAUUUUUUUGUUUUAGUAAUGAUUGAUAGAUUUUUUCCAUUGAUAACAGAACUUUGUAUCGUCUAAUUCUGUCCAUAUUCAUACCUCUUAUGAGAAGAAAUAAUAAAUAAUUAUUGGACUGAUCAAUCACAUGAUUACAGAACAAACAGGACUCCAUGCAGUCUUAUUACCUUUUCUUAUUGCAUUAUUUUCAAUUUUUUGUCUUAGUAAGUGAAAUAUAUUCCUGUAAAUUUUGCUGUUGUGUUUAUCUCCAGAUUAAAAUUGCAGCAUUGAGAAUAGCAGCAGACAAGUUUGAUCCAGACUUUAUAGAAAAACGAAAAGCAGCUCUUGAGGUAAGCAUGAGUGGAGUAGAGGUUGUUGGCUUUGUUAUUCAAUAACUCCUUUUUACCAACACCUACACCAUACAUCCGAUAUAACACAGAUGCUUAUUACUCGGGGAAGGGAUGAGCAUGGCUUAGAGUUCAGGACACUCUAGUCACAAUCCUGCAGUCGUGGGUUUGAAACCCACCCUAACCACUGGCUGGAUUAGUUUCUCAUUUGUCGCAAGUUUCGAUUCCUCCACCAGGGAGCCAGCUGGUCUGCUUCCAGUGUCAGGUUUAUUUAUUUUCAAAUUUUUACCAGCUUUUUAUGUGUAGCUUGCAGCUUGUUGGUGAGACCAUCACUCUUGCAUGUUGUUGUGAAGAUGGAUUUGGAUCAUUUCUGAUUCGGUCUGUAAUCGCAUUCAUGAUUAAACCAAUAAUUAUUUGUCUCCUGCUAUGCAGCUGUCCGACUUUGUUAAUCUCUCAUGAUUACAAACUGAAUUAUUGGACUCCACUUGUUCCUAUUACCAUUAUUCAUAUUACUGCUGUUUUGUUUUAGAGUUUUCUCUUAAGAUGUGCUGCACAUUCACAGUUAUCAAUGGAUCUCACAUUCAUUGGAUUUUUCAACCAGGUACUUAUGCUUCUGAUUUAUUAUUCAGAGAGGAGUCUACAUAGUACAGUUACAGUCUUUUCCAUAUGCAACUUAUUUGCCCCCCCAAAUUUUGCAUAAACAUUGUUUUCAAUUUCUCUUGGGACGGCUGUAAUACCCAGGAGAAAUGAAAAACAAAGGUUAUGCAAAAUUUGGGGGGGCAAAUAAGGUGCAUUAUGGGAAAUGUAGCAGUGGCGUAAAGCCAACCUACCUCACAUUGUAUGGAAAAGUUAGAUAUUUUUGUUCACCAUGCUGCUAGCGUACUAUGAUAAUAUAAUAUUUAAUAUUAUUAAUAGCAAAAAACCCUUUUGUUUAGGGCAAGUACUAUUUCUUGUAUGGUACGUAAGCAACUAUCUCUGCUCACUUGCAAUAUAUUAUUGCUGCCUCACGGGGCCCCUGGUGACAUAUGUAAUAAACUAGAGGUAAUCAUUGAUUACGGAUCUGCGUUUGUCAUUUAUGGAAAAAUUACGGAAUAGAAAUCAAGUCAAAGGAGUCAAGUUUCUCGGCCGAGGUGCCCCUGAUGAAAUUAAUAGGGAAGGCUAAUUUGCAGUCACCCGUGAUAGCUCUAAGAUUUCUCCCUUAGUGCCACAGGAACACCAGAUUAGGAUGCAUUCUGACGAACGCAGUUAUUUUUCUGAAAGACAUAAAGAUGGAUAAUAAUAAUUAAGAAUAUUAUUAUUGAGUGUAAAAUUUAAGGAAAAAGCUCAAUAAAAAAUUAAUGAUACAGAAUUAUAUUAGAGCUACGUUUUGAAGUAAAGAAAUCAAACUGGUAGCUGUUCAGGACUUUUUAAAGAAGAAAACACAAUAGCCAAUCCUGAAGAGUUAAAGAGUGCAGGGAUAAACAAAAUUGAAAGGUUUCACUCAAACAAUUGAAUGUUUAAAUUAUGAUUUUUGAGUAUUGUACCUUUUUAUUCUAGGAGGAAGGUUGGAAAGAAGCUGUGCAAGCAACAAAUUACCAAAGCAAGGUCUAUAAUAAUCUCUCUGUUUGUUUCCCCAUUAAUGAAGUGCAAUGUAUGCAAGGUUUCCAACAGAAAAUUUUUUGAUACUUUGUCAUUUCUUUCAGGUUGACUCCAGGCUUAAAAGUUGGAGUGCUUCAGCCAAAGAACCAGAUAGGUAGCACUGCCAUAAGUUAAUUUCUAGGAAGGAUGCAUCCAAAUAGUACAUGUUUAUCCCAGCCAAUUUAUCAUUUUAAACUGAACAUGCAUGUUCAACCCAGAACAUCAUUUGUCUGAACAAAUAUAUUUUGUGUUGUUAUGUUAGUCUCACAAGAGUAUGUGCGCUAUGUUACAUGCAUGUCAUGACUGCAGGUCUGGAGUAUUUAAGGAGUGCUUGUAAGGUGUCUCUAGGGGGGAGGGGGGACUAAAAGACUAUUUAAGGUUUGUUAAGUUACGCAAGGGCCAUUCGAGGCAUCUGUCAUCCCUGAUUUUUAUUUUUUAUUUUUUUGACCUUCUGUUGUAGUCUUCCCUGAGACUGUAAUGUUGUAACGCUGGCUCCAGAGAUGAACAAGAUGCCCACUCCUAUUUCUGUGCUUUGGGAUUAUUUAGAUUAGUUUCAAAACAUUUUAUAAUCAUUUCAGUGUGAUUAGAGUAUAAAUAUUUUGAAAACAUGGAACAAAAUACACUUGGAUACUAAGAAAAGGCUUGUAAUGGACAGAAUAAUGAUUUAUCUGCCAUCUCUGUAAAUUUGGUAGGAACAGAUUUUCGGCUUGAAAGCAUUCUUCUUUAGCCGAACACCUGUUUUUUUCCUUCUUUCUUAUAGUUUUGUUUUAAUUUAUGUAGUAUUUCUUCCCAGGAGAUUUGAAGACAUGAAGCAUUAUGCUGAAAAUUUAGGCACCAAUGUAGCGGCUAUGAUCAAAGUUCGACAGGUAACAGCGUUUGCUUAAUUUUUUGAAGCAGGGUUUACUUGUUUUCACCAACUCGUUUACUAAUGAGUGUUGUUGUUUCUUUCUUGUUCAAAGCGCAUGGCUGAUAUAGUAUAUUCAAUUCACAAACAACAUGCUAACUAUGGCAAAGUCUUCAGGUAACUUCCAUAAAUAUCUUCAGCUAAUAAUGCUGUUUUUUCAUACCCCUGUCAUUGUCAUACAAGGGCAAGAAACAGGGCAAUGAUGAUUUUUGAACAGAAGUGAACAUUAAUAAGUUGUCUUUCUUAUUCCAAAUAUUAAUGUUUGUUCAGUCUCUGUAAAUCCUCUAAGUUUUAGUUACAGUUCGAAGUUACUUGAAAAUUGCUGAUUUUGGAGAAAACAAAAGCAUAUAAUUGUAUAUAAAGAUAGACAUUUAAAAGACAAUACCCAAAUUCAGAUAAUCUCUAAUCUCCUCUGGAAGCUAGUGCCUGGAUAUAGGCACUGUUACUCUUGUAAAGCGAACUGACUAGGCUGUUGUAAUAAUGUCUUUAACAGUGAGUGGAGUUCAUUGGAGAAGGAGAUGGGUGACGGAUUGCAGAAGUCAGGUCACUAUAUGGACAGGUAGAUGCCAGAUGCAGUUAACCAUGAGGAAAAAUAUAGUUUAUGCACUGUUCCUUGCUCAAAGAAAACAUCACUCAAAAACAGUUGUGAAAAGCUGGUCCUGGCUUUAAAUGUUACAUUGCCUGUUUUAAAAUCUGUAACUUAACUGGCCACUGUUAUUUUUUGUAGAAUACUUUUGUGGACUGUCAAUUCAUCUUUUCAUUUCUCAUGCAGCUUCAACCAUGAUAUUUAUAUUAUUUUUAGGCUGCAAGCAGUCUCUCUUUUGCUUGGAAAUCUGUAAGUGAGAGUAUUGGAGCAGCAAAGUCAUGCGAGUUGCGAGGUUGCUAGUUUCGAAAGCGUGAAUAUUUGUGAGUGAUUUCUACUGGAAUUGUUCAGCAAUUUCAAGAUUUUCUGAUUCAUCGUGAGAUUUGGAGGCUAAAUCGUGAGAGUGUGAGUUGACAGGCCAAACCGUGAGAGUUGGAAGGUCUGUCAUGUAGGUCAUUAAUAAAGGUCGUCCCUGUUUACUCCUUUCCCCAAUCCAAAGCUCAAAAUAUAAAAUUCCAGAUGACUGUAUGUGUUAACCAUUUACCUUGGGUUCGUUUUGAUGUGAAACAGACUUGCAGCAUCUGUUGAUGAGGUACUUGAAGAUGAUGAUAUGAGCUUUUCAGAGCAGCUGAAGGAAUACUUGCACUUUGCUGAUGUUUUAAAGUAAGUAUAUUAAAGUAAAGUAAGUAGCUAACCACAGCUGAACAGGAAAAUAUUGAUUAUUUGCCACAAAAAAAUAUCACAUCAUUUGUAAUAAAAUAUAAAUAUAAUGACAUAAAGUGCUAAAGAUGGGUAAGUUUAAGUUGCUGUUUUAGGUUUGAAGUACAUUUUCAAUGAACCAUGAGGGCUCAGAGAUUUAUUCAACAGGAAAUAGCAGUAACAGUUACUGUAGGAAUUACCCCAGAUGCAUUUGGAUUCCAGUCAUUGUUUUAAUAAGUAUUAUUUUUAUUGUGUGUUUUCAAGGGGAGUUGCCCAUAGACAGCAGCUUCGUCAGUAUGAUGCAGAAAAGGCAGAGGACAAUUUAUCUACAAAGAAGACACAAAGAGAUGACAUGAUUGCUCAAAAGGUCAUUGCACUAAUGUAACUAGUAGUAGUAGUUAGUUUCCAUAGCAACCACUUGUAAUUUAAUGAGUAUUUGCUUUGAAACUGAAAUUGGUACCACUGACUGCAGGGUCGCAAAUAAGGAUCUGUGCUGAUGAAUUUACCAGACGCUACAGUUGUACAUUGAAGAGGCAAAAAAGACUGUAAAUAAUAAUAAUAGUUAUUAUUAUUAUUAGAUUGAACAGAACUCACAAGUCUGGACCCUGCCAAUAAAACCAACCUUGAAAAGGCUUUGCUAUAUUCAGGCUCAAGAAAUAUUACCAGGGCUGUCACUAAAAGUCGGGGGCUGGGGAUUUCCCCUUACUACUACCCCUGGCUACUUUCAUAGACAACAUAACAAAAAUAGAACCAAAAGAAUGUUGCAGUUGUACAUUCAAUUCCUCACCUAAUAAUAAUAAAUUGCACUUACAUGGCAACUUGAAAUCGUAAUGCCAGCCCUGGAUUAUCAGGCAUGGGUCUAGGAUGAAUACUGACCAAUUUCCUAAAUGAGUGCCGAAGGCACAAGCUUGUAGUGGGGUCUAGGGGCAUGUAUCCCAGGAAAUGUUUUGGAUUUUAACUACUUAAAGUCCCUUUCAUCCAAACUAUUCUCCAGAUUCAACUUUUUUUUAUUAUUAAAAAUAUAUUUGUAAUGGAAAAUAAGACUGAUUUCCAUAAACGAUGGAAACCGGUGUGGAUCCGUGCCUGAACACUUUCUGAGGAGGUCCCCAAAUUAUUCACCAGUAUUCUGGGCUCGGCUCCUCCUAAGAUGGUUAAGUUUAACCCAAAAUUAAGUAAGAACAUGCAACUCAAGCUCCUUCACUCUGAGAUACAGUAAUGAUAACACAAAAUAUUACUUUAGGCAAUGCAUUAGAAAGUAAAUACAAAAAGUGAAAAUCAUUUUAAUCCUGGAUUAGCGCUAAUCGGCCAUUCAGGAACUGGGCCCAGGGUCACCAGCUCCCGAUGGUACAAGUGUCAUAUAGAUUGCUUUCCUUUGUCUUCAUGUUUGUUUUGCUGCAGGAAGCAAUAGAGAGUGGACAAACCCCACCCAAAUCAAGUGGUUUUUCAUUCAAGGGAUUGUCGUCCAUGAUAUUUGGAGCCGAGUCUCCUGAAGUAUUAGGAACCAAAAUUAGCAACUUGGAAGAACAAAUUAGUGAUGCUGAGGAGGUUGUCAAGACAACAAAAGAAGAUCUUAGGUACGAUACUGUAAUUUUGCUCAUGGAUGUCAAGAGCAAAUGUUAAAAAAUUGAUACAUUUUUUACCUCUUGCAAAAUACAUUGUAUAGCAUUACUCAAGCUGAUGUAACCUACUGAUAUUUAUGUGCCAACCAGAAGCACAUUGGUUCUUGUAACAAAAAACUAUUUUGUUUGACUCGUUACAAAUUUGAAUAACAAAAAAACAUCACUUGUAAACAGUGAUGUCUCCUAUAAGAAAACCAAUAGCUCCUCUGGAAAGUACAUGCUCUGAACAUUUAAUUCAGUAGCACAUUUUAAACUCGGCAGUUUAUAGAACAGGACCAAUCGUCAGUAUCAUUUCAUUCAGUGCUUUGACUUCGGGAAAGUUUUAUAAUUAUACUUUACAUAAGGAAGUUCGUGAAAUGGUGAUCCCUCUGUGUUCUCAUCAUUCUCUCAUCAAGCUAUCCAAAUAGAUACUGUGAUUUAUGAUAGAUCAAAACAGAAUUAGCUGUGUAUGAUAAUUUAAGCCUGAUAUGUCAAAUACUUUUGCAGAAAUUCUGCUUCUAAGAGAAGAAAUGUUACGAAGAAUGCAUGUCUCAGAAGAGUCUCUGUGAAUGGCCACCAAGCAAUGCCGUAGUUUCUGAAGGCUGAUCUUUCCAAAAAAUAAUGUUUCUGACAAGAAGUUUCUAUAAGGUUACUUGGGCAAACCAGGUCUUGCACCUGUUGAAUUUAUUUUGUAAACCAUAGAACCUGUAUUAAGAAGACACCUGUGGAACCCUUGAUCCCUCUCUAGUCUCUGCUAGAAAUGUGUGUCUGCUAAAUACAGGUUCGUUUUACAAAAACAUGGGAAUUCAAGUGUAUCUUGGUAACUGUUUUUGAGUGCAUUUUCUUUGUCGUUUAGAGUUUUUAAUGAGGAAGCUGUCAAAGACUAUGAACGCUUCAGGAAACAGGAAGUGCGUGAUUUAAGAGGAGUGUUGGCAGCACAUAUCAAGGCUCAAAUAGCUCUAUGUAAAUUGGUAUGUUGCAUUUUUUUUUUGGUAACCAAGAAACUAAGCAGACAGCAAACUUAAUAAUUGCUUUUGACACUAAAAUAAUAUCAUUCACUUGCAAGUGACUCCAACAUCUUGAAGGAAAUUUUUCAGGUAGAGGCAUGUUGUUUUAAUUUACAACAAAUGAACCAACCGGCUCGUGGUUUCAGUUGAGCCUGUUUACAAAAAAAACAUUAAUGGACUGAGGGCAAGACUAUUUUUCCUUUUGUGCAGUAUGUGAUUUUUCUACAGUUGACUUUCUCUUAAUGGACACCUAGAGUUGGUCCCCGCAUUUCUUUACUCCCUUCAUUCGACUCUUCAUGAGAUGGACACCUCUAUAAAGCAAACACCUAGAGCUGGUCCCUGCCUUUCUUUACUGUCUUUACUUGACUCUCUAUAAGACAGACAUCUCUCUAAGAUGGACAUUUAGUACCAGUCCCAAAGGUGUCUGUCCGUGGGAGAGGUGAUUGUAUUUAAGAGACAUAAUAUUAUUUUAUUAUUUAAAAUAAAAGCCAACUGUAAGCAGUCUAUGAAGGAACACCCUUCUAUUAAGAGAAAAUGCAAAGGAUAUUUGUUGUAGAAAAAAAAAUCUCCAACUCACCUUGACCAUAUGCAUCAUUAUAGAAGUCUUUCUUUGAAGCUAACCAGCUAUUUUGUAUCUACAAAAAAUGGGUGAAAAUAUUUCCCACCUCAAUUUUUCGGUAAGACUGUGAACUUCUGUAGGUUACAAUGUAUGGACUACACUUCAUUAUUUUUCAUUAUCUUGCAGGGAAUUUCAACAUGGGAGGACAUGAAAGAGACUGCCAAAACAUUAUAAUAAUAACUAGUCAUUUACAAAUGUGAAAAAUAUAAAUAUUAAUUACCUUUAAUACUGUGUUUGAAAGCAGAAUUUUUUUCCACAGCAAACAAGGAUUUUACAAUCCAAUUCAGUCAUUCAAAAUAAAUUCUCCUUCCUUAUCCACUAUUUUUAAUUUUUUCAUAAAAUUGGUUGGAUGAAGUAGUGAAAAAUAUCAUUAACUUAUUACACAAAAAAAUUCAAAUCCCAUCUAAUUAAGUAUCCAGAUAAUUUUUAUGGGUGAUCAUUAAGACUCUCUAUGGGUAUUUAUGACAAAAUCCAAGUCGCGAUGAUUGCCAUUCUGGUCAAGUUUGAGAACAUAAGUCGAGCGACGAAGGUGUUAAAGAAAUCUGCCAGGAAGUGUGCAGCAAGUUCAGAGUUCUUGUUUUGCUUAAAGCUGCUGCUUUUUUUAUUGUUUUUAUUUUGAUCAUCAGUGUCAUGGUAGCUCGAGCUCACAAGCAGCUUUACCUCACAGAAAAAUUCUUGAUGUGUGACGAUUUGAUGGCAAAAUAUGCAAUGAUGUCCACAGAUACCCAUGGAGAAGCUCAUUAUUGGCUUAAAUCUUGUUUCCAAUAAUUGAACCUGACAUUUUGCCCUGAGUGAGAAGUUAGUGUUUAUUUUGGGUUAGCAGAGGGGUAGAUGAAUGAAUGAACAAAUGAAUGAAUGAAUGAAAUGUCACAGUCUGAUGAGGGGACAACAAUGUAGAGAAUACACGAGUUCUCAUUACAGUGGAACCCGGAUGUGAACCCGGAAGGCCCAAGCGACUGGGAUAAUUUGUAUGCUAUAAGGAGGUUUUGUUAUAUUGAGGUUGUUUUUGUUAUAUUUUACUAUUACUGGGAUAGACAAAAUGCUAUCAGCAUUUUACUGGUGUGAAACGAGUUUGAAUUUGUGCGACUUGUCAAAUAGACAAUUUUUUUUAACAAAAAUACUUUAAUGCAUACUAAGGUGUGUGUCCCUGCUUGACAUCACAGAGACUGGCAGCAUGACCUAUAAACAUGAACUGGUUUGUCACAAUGACUUGUUGCCUUGUGUAUAUUGUCACCCUCUUUCAAAACAUUACUCGAGGUGGAAAGGGGGCAGGGUGCAUGUAUUUUGGGUACAAGUUAGCCUGUGCCAGGCUCUCAGAUAGUAUAGUGCGGAUGUAUUAAAACGAACAAAGCAAAAAUAAGACGCACGCGAUUUGGGAAAGGGGGCGGUGGUGGCGAGAAAAAUGGCAUUUCUUUUUACUGAAUGACUUUUCACGACUAUCUCGGAGCCUGGAACAGGCUACGUACAAGUAAAUUAGCAUGUACAUUUGUGGGUUAAGAGUUGAUGAAACAAUAUUGCUUGGCAAUGUCGGAGGAGUGUAUUAGUCAGGUAUUUUUUUGGAGAUAAUAAAACAACUAAGCUCAGUUAUAUUUCUAUUAAAAGAUUAUAAAGGUGGCCAUUACAGGCACAGAUCUACCGUUUUACUGAAAUCAGUCAUCUUAAUUUCGUAACAAAUGCAUGUAAUGGAAUCGAAGUAAUAAUUAAUCGUUUUUUACAGUGGAUUGAUUUUCGCUUCAGUAGCAC